CACGAGCAUACCUUCGAGCUCUCUGGUCUCACACUUGCGAUUUGAAAUGCGGAAGUGUACGACAAAAUUGCUUUCAAUUAGUCCCGGGCCAGUUUUAAUGUUUCUCUCUAGUUGGACUUCGGCUGUGUGAAGAUAACAGAAGCGAACUGAACUGCUUUGAAAACUUGAAUGUGAGGAUGUACUUCACUGAUCGAGAGGAUCCAAUGGCUUUGCAUGACUUGGACAGUGGAAAUGACCCUUUACUUUCAACACAGUAUAACUCGUACAUUACACGAUCAUAUGACUAUGUCCUAGUAGCUGAUAAGGUUGAGGACAAUGAGGACCAAACAUUCAAGAAGCAAGAGGCAUUUAUUAAUGAACUGAAAAGGAAGAACAUGAAAGUUACUAGUGUUGAACAUGUUGGAAAGGUAUUCUUCGGUGUCUGUGCCCCGGAGGAGGUUUUUGCAAAGUACAAAUACUUGCUAAAGGUUUCUGAUGGCUGUAACUGGAGUGGGGAGCAAAAUUCUUGUCUAGUUCAAAAUGUCCCAUUUUCCACAAGAAUCAGGAUUGUGCACUUUGUCUUACGCAAUACGUUUAUAGUAUCAGGAGAGGAUCUCGAAGAUUUGCUGAAGAAAGGUGUUUUUGAGUCCAUUUUCUGUCUGCAUGAGAAAAAAGAGCAGAAGAAACUAAGGAAGAAGUGGGCAAGCUGGUUUGCAGUAUUGACGCUUUUUAAACAGCCAGUCACUGAUGUCAAGGACUAUUUUGGAGAGAAAGUGGCACUGUAUUACCUGUGGCUGGGCUGGUACACACGCAUGCUCAUCCCUGCAGCUCUCAUUGGUGUUGUUGUGUUCUUGUAUGGCGUUGCCUUCUUUAAUACCAGUCCGCUCAUUAAGGAAGUCUGUGACUCCAACAUACUCAUGUGCCCAAGAUGUGACAAGAAAUGUUCUGUGUGGAACCUGUCUGAAACCUGUACAUACGCUAAGGUGAGCCAGCUAUUUGACAAUGAAGGGACAGUGGCUUUUGCCAUGUUCAUGGCAAUUUGGGCCACACUGUUCUUGGAGCUUUGGAAGAGGCAUCGAGCUCUGUAUGUGUCAAAGUGGAACGUUUUUGACUGGUGUGAGGAGGAGGAAGAAUUAAUUUUGGAGAUUGUGAAUGAUCCCCAGUGUAAACCGAAAGUGUACAGACACUCCUAUUUUCGCAGCAUACUAGUGCUACUUCUGGUCACACUAGUGUUGGUGGUGAUCCUUGGUCUGACCAACGCCCUGGUUAUCUGCCGUGUUCUAGCUGCAAUACUGUUUUCUGACAGCGAGUGGCAUUUUCUGAGUCACCAUGCCACCACAUUAGCCAUGCUGUUUGGUGCAGUGCUGCACUACAUCACUAUGCAGGUUAUGACUCGGGUCAACAGAAUUGUGGCCUUAAAACUAUGUGAGAUUGAAAAGACUCGUUCUUUUGCAGCCACUGAGAAGAGCUUCACAGUGAAGAUGUUUACAUUUCAGUUCUUUACUCUCUUUUCCUCACUGUUUUACGUGGCAUUCUUUCUUGGAAGGAUCAAUGGCUAUCCAGGAAAAUACGCUCGAAUAGCAGGGUAUUGGAGACUAGAAGAGUGUCAUCCAAGUGGCUGCCUCACAGAUCUCUUCACCCAGAUGGCUGUAAUUCUGCUACUCAAACAAACAAUCAACAACAUCUUGGAGUUUACAGUGCCUUGGUUAAAGCUGUGUUUUAAGCGUACGAAAGCCAAGACGAUACGCAGAAAGUGUGGUGACUGUUACAAGAAGGCAUGUCGAGAGGAGGGGGGUAAAUCUGACCCAUGUGACCUCUGCAAGCUUCGUAACUGGCUGGACAACUAUGACCUGAGUGAUGUUAAUGCGUUCAGCUUGUUUAACGAGUUUUUGGAAAUGGUCCUUCAGUUCAGUUUCACCACCAUCUUUGUGGCUGCGUUCCCUUUGGCUCCUCUUUUGGCUUUGAUCAAUAACAUAUUUGAGAUCAGACUGGAUGCCAUCAAGAUGGUUAACCUAGAGCGCCGCCUAGUGCCCAAAAAGACCAAUGACAUUGGUGUGUGGACUAGAAUAUUAGAAGCUGUUGGGGUGAUGGCUGUCAUUGCUAAUGGACUGGUGAUUGGUGUUUCUUCUGAUUUCAUACCCCGUCUGGUGUAUCGUUACUAUUAUGGACCUUGUGCUAAUGGCACAACAACAAACCUGGACUGUAUGACAGGAUAUAUCAACGACACUCUGGCAACAGCAUACAUGUCAAGUACAAACGUACGAGAAGACUUCAAGGAUAAUGUUGCAGAGUAUGGAUUGAAUUUUACUCAGUGCAGUUACAAAGACUACCGUAAUAAUGAGGACCAGAGUCUCACUUCACAGUUUUGGCUCAUUCUGGCAAUGCGCUUUGCCUUUGUUCUUCUAUUCGAGCAUGUGGUGGUGCUGUGCAAGUUCAUUGCUGCCUGGUUUAUACCAGACCAUCCCAUCCGAGUGAAGAACGUCAGGUUAGAGGACAAACUGAGACGACUUAAAAGCGAACUUCAGGAUAUGAGUGCAAUGUAUGACAGCAGAUCCACUGAGGUGUGAACCGUGGAGGUCCAAACCAGAUUCUUUUAAAUCUGAUCACAAAUCUUGUUGCUGUCUUGAGGAAGUAAAGAUAUCUAUGCUUGACCGAGGUUAUUAUCUCACUGGCAUUGAUACACGACUACUUUGCCAACGGGGGACAUAUCUCUUCGCUUAUGCGCUUCCAGUACCAUCAGAGAACUUUGCUCUUUUACAGUUUACGGUUUUCCUUCAAAUUGAGUCUUAUUUUAUCUACUGCAAAUGGAUACACAGUACAUUGUUGAUUGUGUCAUCUAUUAAGUAUAUUGACUGUAGAAUACGUUUUUUAUUUUUAUAAUCAAAGACAAUUGGACUGUUUUAAAAAAAAACUCUGAAAAUAUAGAAUCUGGAAACUGAUUCUUGUUUAUUUAAUGUGUGCUUGUGAGGCAAAUUCUCACAAGUCUAAAAAGAAUUCAUUCGUUUUAUUGAAAAUUAUUUUAUUAUUGUUUAAUUUUAUAUUGAAAUAGAAUGUAAGAAAAUACAUUUGAGAAUUUCAGUGUUUACCUUUAAACAGUUAACUUCUGACAAAGUUACUAUUCACAUUGGAAAGGCUUGUUUAUGAGGAUUUCUUACAUUUUGAGGAUAAUAUGAUUUUCAGGGCAAAGUAUUUGUAAAAAUGUAAACGCUGUUUAUAAUACCAUCCAUAGUUUUUUCAAUAACUCGCUUUUUCAGUUUUUCUCCCCUGCUGUGUAAUGUAUUUUUAUAGUUGCCACAUUGAUGUACUAGAACAUGUUGCAAGUUGUGUUUCAAGAAUGAAGUAAAAAGUAAGUAGAUGUUCAAGACCAAGUUGGAAAAAUCAAACGGUCAAACCUCUUUUUCUCCAUAAGGUGUCAGCAGAAAUGCGUCUACACAGCUGAGUUGAUCCAGACAAAGAAUAGUUCAAUUCCACAAAGAAAUUCCAUGGAUACCUUUGAACAAUGUGUAGUUCAUUGUGCUGUCAGCUGCUUAAGAUAAAGUUAAACUAGGUUGCUUUACUCUGUGGCCUUAUGCAAGAAUUUACAUGAAUAUGAUAUGAAGGGGUAGUUCAUAAACUAAUGAAUUUUUAUACAGGAUGUGAAGAAAGUGUUUUUUUUUUUUUCUAAUUGUUUUGAUUUCCAUAUCAUAACUUCCAACUAAACACUUAACCAGAGGGCAACAUCUCCUGAAUCCAGUUGCAGCCCAUUACUUUUGGGUUUCCAGUUGCAGCCCAUUACAAUCUUUGUGAUAACAUCUGUGAAUCACAUGUUAGUGUGUGCAUACACACUUUUGAGAUGAAAAUGCAACAGUCCCUAGUUUCAAUAAUGCAGUACUAAAAUGACUUUAAAAGAUCCCUUCCUCUUUGUGUUGCUUGGUCAUACAUGGGGAACUGAGUAAUUAUGUGUGUGCAUAUUUCUGUGGGUGUGUGAACCUUUUCCAUUUAGCCAAACAUCCUUGGCUCAUACCGCACAAACCAGAGAUGCAUAAAAUGUGGAAUGCCUUUGAAAUGUAUCUUGAAAUAUAUUCCUUUUAAUUGCUGUUUCUUUUGCAGAUAAAACUUAAAACCUUUUUCCCCCCUUAAUCUUUAAGAAUAUUAUCUUUGUCAUGUUAAGAGAGUGAUGGGGGCAGUUUCCCUGUCAUACUGAAGACAUUUUGGUAAAACUUUACAAUAAGGUUUCAUUUGUUAACAUUGGUUAACAUGACCUAACAAUGAACAGUACUUAAGCAUUUAUAAAUCUCAGUUAAUGUUAAUUUCAACAUGUACCAAUACAUUUUUUUAAAUCAAAAGUUGUAUUAGUUAACAUUAGUUAAUGCACUAUGAACUAACUUGAACUAAAAAUGAACAAUUUAA